UGAUAAAACCUCUCUGUCAUACCGAUAUUACUACUUGGUAGUUCGAAAAAACCAAGUGGAAUCGUCGGCGACACUUGCAAUGAAAUCAAAAUCCUUAUGGUAUUAUUGCAAUCAGUCUUCUCUCUGCGAAUAAAAUAAAAGAAUAUAAAGGUGUUGUAAAAGUAUCAACUAGUUUGCAUUUUUAAAUCAAUUACCUUCAAAAUUAUUUCGGAGCUAAGAUUAAUAUAUAUUUGUCAAUCUUUCAUCAUACAACGGAUUAUUCUAAGAUGACAAACGUAAUUUCUGAAUUUAUUUUAUGAAAUAAAUUUGCGUUGAACGUAAAAUUUGCUAUAACAGUAAAUUAUUCUAUUCAAAACUCAACAACAUGAAUAAAACUCAAUGUCCUUUCGAAGAAAAUUGGCCAUGUAUGAGGCUUAUUAUUUUAAAACUAUUGAAACAAGAACCUGUGACCCAAGCAGAAUGGCAAGAUCUCUUUUACUCUAUUUAUCUAGCUUGUAUGUGGGACGAAAAAGGACCCAUGAAAUUACAGGAAGCUUUAAAAGAAGAUAUAAUGGAUUUUAUAAAACAAGCUCAACAACGAGUUCUAGCACAUCAAGAAGAGCAAGCAUUACUAAAGGCUUAUAUAGCAGAAUGGAGGAAAUUUUUCACUCAAUGUAAUUAUUUACCUACGCCUUUCAGACAACUAGAGAAUUCUUUAGCAGGAAAAACUGGUUCAAAUGGUCCAAAAAAAACUCAACCGGAAGAAAGCCUUGUUCGCAAAAUGAUGUUAGAUAGUUGGAAUCAAAGUAUAUUUAAUGAUAUUAAACAAAGACUUCAAGACUCAGCAAUGAGAUUAGUGCGAGCAGAAAGAAAUGGCGAAGCAUUUGAUUCACAAUUAGUUAUUGGUGUUAGAGAAUCAUACGUUAAUUUAUGUUCAAACCCACAAGACAAGCUUCAAAUUUACCGAGAAAAUUUUGAAGCCGCAUACAUCGAAACUACAGAAUCAUUUUACUGGGUAAAAGCACCAGAGCAAUUACAAGCGCAUGGUGUUGAAAACUAUAUGCGAUAUGCUGAAGCAAAAUUAAGGGAAGAAGAACUGAGAGCACAAAAAUAUCUAGAACCUAAUAGCACAAGUGUACAAUUGCUAACAGAAUGUUGUGUUAAAGUUCUUGUAGCCACAUUUAAGCCAGCUAUUCUAGCUGAAUGUCCACGUAUGAUUCAUGAUCAUCAAACUGAUAAAUUACGUUUAAUGUUGAAACUAAUGGAUCGCAUUCCGGAUGGAGUUGGACCUAUGUUAAAAGAUCUCGAAGAUUAUAUUUCCAGUGCAGGUCUUGCUGAUAUGAUGGCAGCAGUGGAUGUUAUAACUCAAGACUCAGAAAAAUAUGUAGAGAGGCUGUUAGAUCAGUUUCGAAGGUUUUCUACUUUAGUUAAAGAAGCUUUUGAUGACGAUCCACGAUUUUUAACUGCUCGAGAUAAAGCGUAUAAACUUGUUGUUAAUGAUGCUACAGUCUUUAGAUUAGAAUUACCUUCGAAACAACCUCCUGGAGCAGCCGCAGUUAUUAACAGUAAACCUAAUAAUAAUAACAAUGGCCAGCCAGAAUCAAAGUGUCCUGAACUAUUGGCAAACUACUGUGAUAUGUUACUUAGGAAAACUCCUCUUAGUAAAAAACUUACCUCUGAUGAAAUUGAAAGUAAAUUACGUGAUGUGCUCUUAGUUUUAAAAUACGUUCAAAAUAAAGAUGUAUUCAUGCGGUAUCAUAAAGCACAUCUCACGAGAAGGUUAAUUCUGGACACAUCCGCUGAUUCUGAAAAAGAAGAGAAUAUGGUUGAAUGGCUUCGUGAAGUUGGAAUGCCAGCUGAUUACGUAAAUAAACUGGCAAGAAUGUUCCAAGAUAUCAAAGUAUCACAAGAUCUGAAUCAACAAUUCAAAGAACAAUGUCGCGCGGCGAUUGCCGAUAGUAUCAAUAUUAAAAUAUUAAAUGCUGGGGCAUGGGCAAGAGGUAGUGAACGUGUUACAGUUAGCUUGCCAUUACAAUUAGAAGAUUAUAUUCCUGAAGUAGAAGAAUUUUAUAAGAAGAAACAUAAUGGUAGGAAACUUCAAUGGUAUCAUCAUAUGUCAAACGGCACAAUAACUUUUUCCAAUCAAGUGGGACGUUUUGAUGUUGAUGUUACUACAUUUCAAAUGGCAGUUCUUUUUGCGUGGAAUCAACGUCCUAUGGAAAGAAUCUCUUACGAAAAUCUAAGAUUAGCUACAGAACUUCCAGAUCCAGAGCUUCGACGUACACUUUGGUCACUUUGUGCAUUCCCUAAAUUAAAAAGACAAUUACUAAUGGUCGAACCUGCUGCUCUUAACCCUAAAGAUUUUGCUCAUGAUUCAAGAUUCUGGGUAAAUCAAGAAUUUGCCAUCAUAAAAAACGGUAAACUUCAGAAGAGAGGAAGGAUAAAUUUGAUAGGCAGAUUACAAUUAUCAACAGAACGAAGUAAAGAAGAGGAUAAUCAAUGUAUUGUUCAACUUAGGAUAUUACGAGUUCAGGAAGCCAUAAUAAAAAUUCUAAAAAUGAGGAAGAAAAUAAAUAAUGCACAACUACAAACUGAAUUGGUGGAUAUACUGAAAAAUAUGUUCUUACCGAGUAAAAAGAUGAUUAAGGAACAAAUUGAAUGGUUGAUUGAGCAUAAAUACAUUCGAAGACAUGACGAAGAUAUUAACACAUUCGUAUAUAUGGCAUAAAAAUUUUUCACAUGGAUUAAUUCAAUUUUUCAAUUCUAUAACUAAUUAUAUAUUUUUAUAAUAUUAACAAAAUGAGUAAUUAGCUGUUAAAUUUAUGGUGAAACAAAUUAAUAGACUUAUUACUAAAUUAUCUGUGCUGAUUUCUUGACACGAAUACCAUUAGGAAAAGAGGUUUUUCAUUUUUCAUGAUCAUGUAUUAAGUCAUAUCACAAUGUUUUCAAAUAGUUAUGAUAUACAAAAGUAAAAGAUAAAAAAAAAUACAGUCGAGUGUGCUAUCUAAUUAAAAUAUAAAAAUUCUUGUAUAAAAAAUUCUUCCGAAUGCUGCUUUUUCUAUAAAUAUCGUAAUU